UUUCCAUGGCAUCAGCCUUAAUCAGCAUGUGAAACAGCAGAUCUGCAGACUGAGGCAGCAGGAAAGAUGGAGAAAGUUCUUCUGCUCAUCAUUGUUGCCUUUAGCCUGAGUGCAAACUGCCAGCCCUCUGACCAUAAAUACGUGAUCAUCGAUGAGCUGAAGAACUGGACUGAAGCUCGGAGUUACUGCAGACAGAAGUACAGAGACCUGGCAACCAUAGAGGACAUGGAGGACAUGAGGACUCUGAAUGACAUGGCAGCAUCUAUGGGAAAAAACAUAAGGUUUCAGGAAGCCCGGAUCGGGUUGCAACAUGAUGUGAGCACCUGGCGGUGGUCCGUGUCUGACUCAGACUUCUACCAGCAUCAGGAGAGCGAGUUCAGGAGCUGGGCAGCUGGAGAACCUGACAACUAUGGUGGACAAGAGUACUGUGGAGCUAUGAACUUUGACGGAUCCUGGGCUGAUAAAUCCUGCUCCAAUGACCAAAAUACCAUCUGCCUUCAAGUCAGCGGAUCAAAUGUUUCCUUUGUUCACAUCAAAACCUACAUGAACUGGACGGAGGCUCUGAGCUACUGCAGAGAGCAUCACACAGACCUGGCCAGCAUCAGGAACCUGGAUGAGAACCAGAAGGUUAACAACACCAUUCCAAAAGACAGAGUCUGGAUCGGCCUGUACAGAGACACCUGGAAGUGGGCGGAUGCCAACAACUCAACGUUUAGGAAUUGGAACAAAGAAAACAAUAAACCAAAUAGCCGCGGGAAGGAGGAAUGUGCAGCGGCUAACUUUGGGAGAUCUGGCAAAUGGGAGGACUGGAACUGUGGGGAAAGGAAGGCCUUCAUUUGUUACAGCGUGCUCUGUGGCAGCGCCUCAAAUCCUGUGCGUAAAUACUUCUUUGUUGAAGAGCUGAAGAACUGGACUGAAGCUCAGAGUUACUGCAAAGGGAAUUACUCGAACCUGGCAGUGUUGGAGAGCAUGGAGGACGUGAAAACACUGAACAACUUGGUGGCAUCUCUGGGUAAAAAUUCGAUAGCCUGGAUUGGGCUGUACAAUGAUGUCAACAGCUGGAAGUGGUCUGAUUCUGCAUCUGACACGCAGCAGAGGGAUCAAAAUGAGUUCACAAAUUGGGCAAAUUAUGAGCCCAGUAAUAGUGGAGGAAUAGAGAACUGUGUGCAAAUAUAUAGCGAUGGAUUCUGGAAUUAUGAACCUUGUUUUCAAAAGCUAAGCUCGGUCUGCUCAGAUGUCAAAGGUACGGAUGUGAAGUUUGUCUACAUCAGUCUUGAGAUGAACUGGACCGAGGCUCAGAGCUACUGUAGUGAACAUUACACUGGCCUGGCCUAUGUGAGGAACAUAGAGGAGAACCAGAAGGUUAAGAAGUUGAUACCAGCAGGACAGAAAACAUGGAUUGGUCUCCACAAAUUCCUCUGGAUCUGGGUCGAUGGAAGCCAGUCCUCAUUUCGUCACUGGGGCUCCGGGGAACCCAGCGCAGCUGAUAAGCUGUGUGCGAUAGCAAACCUGGGAAAUUCUGGCCAGUGGGAGGAGUUGGGCUGUGAUGAACUACGGCCAUUCGUCUGCUACAAAGUGGCUUGUGGCAACUCAAACCCUCCUACCCGUCAAUAUAUCAUUGUUGAUGAGCUGAAGAACUGGGCUGGAGCUCGGAGCUACUGCAGAGACCAUCACACUGACCUGGCAACCUUGGAGAACAUGGAGGAUGUGAGGAUGCUGGCUGACCUGGGAGCCUCUCUGGCUAACAGCUCUGCGGUCUGGAUCGGAUUGUAUGCAGAUGUGAACAGCUGGAAGUGGUCCAUCUCGGAUGGGGAUCAGCAGGAGGAGAAGCAGUUCUGGAACUGGUACACUGGAGAACCGAACAAUGACUUUGGAAUAGAGAGCUGUGCUGCCAUUGACAUUGAUGGGUCCUAUUAUGACGUCCCCUGCUCUCUGACCUUAGGGACGCUCUGCGUUGAAGAAAAGGAGACUCGCAAGUUUUGGUACAACAACCAAGAAAGGACCUGGAGCGAAGCCCAGAGCUACUGCAGGGAGCGCUACACAGACCUGGCCAACAUAAGAGACACCUCUGAAAACCAGAGGAUCAAGAACUUGAUCACACGGCCAGUCUGGAUGGGUCUGUACCGAGACCCCUGGAAGUGGGUGGAGGGAAGGAAGUCCUCCUUCAGGUUCUGGAACAUCUUUAACCCUGAUAGCAGGAAGAAUGAAUGUGCUGCUGCCAACUUUGGAAAUGGUGGGAAGUGGGAGAAAUGGAGCUGUGCUGAGAAGAAAGCCUUCAUCUGUUCUGCUGUUCCGUCCUCUAAGCAGAUAGUGAAACUGAAGCUCCUCUUCUCCUCAUCUGCGGCUCAGAAUCAGCCUGCUGUUCUGGACGAGCUGCUCAGGAAGCUGAAGCAGAAGCUGCAGGACGAUGGCGUGAGAGGAGACCUGAAGCUGAGCUGGAGGAAACAACCAGAUGGACGGGUCCUCAAGAAGGACAAGAAGAAGAAAGACGAACUUUAAGCUGGAGUCUUUUUUUUUAAAGGGUUUCUGGGUACAGAUCUGUAGGAAAUAGAUGAAACCAUAUUAGAAAUUAGUUCCAGAUUUCAACAGAAACUGUUAAAGGAGGAAACAUCGAACUGUAUGUCAGACUUAAAGAUCUGCUAGGAGAAGGAGGACAAACAGGAGGAACAAACCUCCCUUUGAAAUCUCCAUUUAAUCUGAAU